AUGCGUGCCACCUGUUUACACAUUCUGCUAUCCUAAUACUUCUGAAGCCAUAAUAUUAGAAACAUAUAACUAAAAUUAACGUCACAAAUUCAUUAAUUUUGCAUAAACUCCUUGAUUGUUCUAUUAUCUUGCUACCAUGGGAGCAAUUUGAGCAAAUGUUAUCGUAUUUGACGACGUAAAAAUAGACGUUUCAUGAUGUGCUCCUUUCACGGGAAAUGUCAAUUUCAGCAAUAAUAGAUGUGUUAAUCCAAAUCCAUUCAAAUCAAGAGGACUACCUUAUUCUUUCAAAUAUAUGAGAAAAUUAUGGCUUAUAGCAAUCAUCAGAAGUCCAAAGCAAGAAAGCUCGCUAUAGAGACUCAACAAUAUUGUUAUGAACAUCUCCCUGACUGGUUAGAAUACAACUCUAGUGAUCGUGACUAUAUAAAACAUCAAAUUGGAUAUGCUCUUUUUGGAUGUCCUCAAAUUGAAGAAAGUAAAAACUCAACUACUCGUAAAGUUUCAACUGUAAAUAAUUAUCAGGGGAAUGACUUACUUGGCAGAAUAACAUAUGAUACAAAGUCGUGUAAAGUUAUUGAAAAAAUAUACCAACAAAUAAUUCAGCAUGGACGAAAUAUAAAUAACAAAUAUUAUCUGGGAAUUAUAUAUAAUGCACUAGUAUUAUCUCAAAAACCACAAAAGAAAGCGAAAGAAGCAGGUGACGAGUUGAAAGAGGAAGCAAAUCAGAUGUGCGUAGUACCAGUGUUUAAAAUUAAGAAAGAUUUGCGCACAGUAUGGUAUAUCGAUAAUGAAGGCAGAAUAUAUCAAAACUGGCAAGAUUAUCUGGAAAACAAUACGUUACCCAAGUGUACUAUGUUCUUACCCAAGGAUGGAGUUUAUCAAUGUAAUCCACACUGCAGAGUAAGUGAAUACUCUUCGCAAGUAUGGGUCCAAGAAUUGAACUCACCUGCUUGUGCAGUUAAAAAAUCAGUCCUCACAGCUCUCGAUGUUGCUGCCAACACAUUAUCAUUAGGUGCUGGCAUUGGAUUGGGUGUUGCUACUUUUAUGACACCAGUUGGACCAGCAUUAAUGACUGCAGGUCUUGUUGCUACUGGCAUAAGUGGAACAUGGAGCAUUGCCAGAGGCUCACAAAAAUUAAUCGAUUACUCAGCGCACAAACAAUCUAUCAGUCCUAUGAAUAAAAAUGCAUUUUCUGCAUGGCUGGAUGUGAGCAGCUCAGUAUUAGGAUUAGGGGCUAGCGGAGGUUCAGUACUUCUAUCUAAAACCGCAAAAACGGUUGCACAAGGCAAGAAUAUAAGCACUGUCGCUAAAAUAGCGCAUGAUUCAGUGGUAGUAAGCAAUUUAGCUGUUCGCGGAGUCGGUGUACUAUUCGAUGGUUAUUGUUUAAUCGACAAGUACAAGGAGGAGAAGAAAAUCGAUUUUGCUGAUGUGACCGUCUUUAUUUCUCACGUGUUAUUUUUCAGUAACACUGUGAUCAAUACUAAACUGGCUAACGAGCUCAUAGGAACAUGGAGGGGUACUAUUUUUGAAAAGUUUAAAAAUGCUUUACGUUUCAACCGUUUAAAAGAGGAGUUCAAAAGGUUCACAAACUUUAACAAGUCAAGUCAAAGCAAUUCAGAAGGUAUCACGUAUAGACUCAGAAAUGCUGUGAGCUCGGAAGACUUUUUGAAAGGUCUGAGCGGCACAAACUGGAAUCCAAAAUUGCAUAUAACGUAUGAGGGUGGCAAAGUUAUUCUGAAUAACAUAAAGUUGAUAGAUCCUAUGGUAUUUAUGGGACACAUGUUGACAAUUGGUUCAAUAGGAAUUAAUUUAAUACAGUCAGGUAUAUUGGAGGACAUAAAAGAUGCAGGCGACAGUGUAUUUCGUAAACUAAAAAUUGUUCUUAGUCGUUUACUACAAAAAUUCUUCUUGGACAAGUUAAAUACAGAAAAAUCUCUUGACGUUGAUAAUUUUGAUGAUAUGUUGACAGAAAUGAAACAUGUAACCAAUGCCAAAGAUAUUUUAAUCAAGGUCUUUAAGGUUUCCACGAUUGUACUAAGUCGUUGUAACAGUCCAGAACAAUUUUUACGCGAAAUGCUUUAUUUUUUGUGGACAUAUUGUAAAGUAACUUUAAAGGAGCAUGUUAGAAACAAUGACUGCAAUAACAGCAAUUCGACAAACGAUGCACUAGCUAAGAUUGUAACGUGUUUGUAUGACUAUGUUGAUGCGAUAGGUGAUGAUUUAUUCACUGCUUUUUAUACUUACAUAUCUAAUCGUGAAAGACCCCUAGAAUCUAAUUAUGACUAUUAUUAAACUAUGUACAUAUUAAUUUAGAAACAUGGAAUCAUGUAUUAGAAAAAUAUUUUGAAAUGUAUAACAAUUAAAAUAAUUUAAACAUAUUGUAAGGAAACUAGAAGACUGUCCAAGAUGUAUUUUUACAUUUGCUAACUGUAGAUAUUGUUUGUUGAAUAAAGACAUUACGUUGCACAGAAAUGAAGGCAUUCAUUUAUUUUUCGUUUCUCCCAAAUAUUUUGGAUACAUCUCACACAAAUAUAUACAGACGAUACUGAGCACAUUUACAAUUUCUUUCUUUCUGAAUCAUUGGUCACGUUUAUAAAGACACAUCCACAAAGCUAGCGUUACACAAUAGUCGUCGAUUAAAAGAGUGUGACGACCCGUGAGUAUCGUGGUGCGUUUUCUCGAAAAUAAAUUAGACCUAAACUAAUUUACCCGAAUAAAUAAGGAUAAUAGAAUCGCUUGGAGAGUAUUGAUUCAUCGUUUGUCCUUUGGCAAACGACGAUAAUACUGACCCACCAAUUAAAAACGUACGGUUUCGACCGAAAUAAUUUAUCAACGUUAUUUAUAAAUACGAAGUGAAAUCCAUAGCUAUAAAUACAUAAUAUAGUUUCAAUUUUUAUCUACAAAAAUGUCGUCCAUGAGUACUUAGGUACACGAGCGUUCAAAUUGUAGUAAUUCAUUUAAUAUUUCGUCGUACAGGCAUGACCAAGGUAUAAUUUUAUAGGGGAGAAGGGGUUACAAUUCCCUACAGCACAGAAAAUACUAAACCCCAAAUUUUUAAAUUCCUCAAUUUCCUACUAAGUCUUAAAAUUUCUAAAUAUUACCAAUCUUCCAAAUUUCUAGAUUUCUAAAUUUGAAAAUACAAUUGGUCAGUAAAAUGAUACAAUUAGUAGGGUUACUUGGUGACGCCUGUGGACCAUAACACUCUUAUCGUCAAUAAUUUAUAAUAAUUAAUAAUCAAUAUCACGUACACGGCUGUAUAAACGCGUUAAUCUUUCUCCUUAAAUAGUUCGCUAGCUUUCUUAACAAUGAUUAAUAAUUAAUAACAGCUUUAAUGAAAUUCAUUGAAAACUGUCUCUGGUCUAACGUGACGAUUACAAUCGCAUAAACAGGAAAAUUUCUCCGUGUGCGUUCGAAGAAAGAAAAAUACAAUAUUUCUGGCGUUACUGUUGCACUCUCCACGUGGUUUAUGUACAAAUAUAUCACGAACGUAGAAAAACACGAUAACGAAAGGUGCAGAGAAAAAAUAGAGAAGCUUCAUCGAGAUCGGAGCUUGAUUAUUACGCGUGUGCGAUUAGAAAAAAGGGUAAACGCAGAAUGUAUACGUAUAUUUUAAUUUCAUUUCUUAUGUUUAAAACUAAUCUCGUAACUUGGUCGUCGACUUUAUCGUUCAUAGAGAUUUCGUCGAUCGUUUUCCGCUUUACCGCGAUUAUUCUCGAGAUACAAUUACUGGAAUGUACGAGUAUGGUUCGAGAAGUUAGAACGCGGAUUAGGAAGCCCAUCAAGCUUCUCUCGGUUGGCAAUAUUUCAAUAAACGGAUGCGAAUAUCACGUUUAUAAUCGUCAGUCUGUUGUCUUUUGUUAUGCGGAUUAUCUUAGAGUGUAACAUUCAGAAUAGUCUUUUGUUGAACACUGGAAAUCCGGUUUAGGUACAGCUUUUUGCGGAUUCUUAUUACAGCAAAUUUCAUGAAUUUAACCCUUUCAAUAACUCUAAUAUUAGUCAAAUGUUUUGUGCAAUUUAGACUUCUAGUUUAGGUUAGGUUAGCUUCUGGUUUAGGGAAAGUAGUUUAAAUAAUUCUAGAGCUAACUUGGAGAAAAUUUGAUAAAAAUAUGGAACCUGGAGAGAUCUCUGAAAAAACUUAGAGGAAAGUCUAAGUAAAACACGAGAGCAUAACGGAUAGAUCUAAAGCUUGGAAGAGCUCAAAACUUAACGUAGAAUCUCACAAAUGAAGUUACAUAUAAAGUGUAGAAAAAGCUUUUACAUAUUAAUAUAAUAUGUAGAAAAAGUUUUUAUAUAUGGACUAUUUAUUUUGAAAGUGGUGUAAAGCCAUUUGCAUGAAUAUACAUUUUAGUUAAAUCAUCUAAAACAAAUUUGUAUAUUCAAAUUACAUAUUGAUCAAUCAGUAAAAAAAUUGCUGAAUUGCCAGUCU